CGGAGGGAGAGCCAGGGCCGUGUCUUAUCCGCCUCUCAGCGAACGGGCGGCGGGGCUGGACCGCAGUCUGCUGCUCCACCGUUACCAGAAGCCGAGGCAGCAUGUCGGCGGUUUAACAACACGCUCCCAACGGCUGAAUCUGGCAGAGGACGCAAAUGUGCUCUUAGAGGAUGGACGUGAGUGCUGGCAGGGACGGCACCUGGAGGGGAGCAGCAGCGGACGAUGAGGAUGGAGGAGGAGGUGGAGGAGGCAUGGAGGCUCAGCUGGUACCGCUGGAGCUCUAUGAUUCCGCACGGGCCAAAAUAGACGCAAAUCUCCGCUGGUUGUUUGCCAAAGCCUAUGGGACAGAUCACAUCCCCACAGACCUGCGCGACCCAUUCUACACCGACCAGUAUGAACAGGAGCAUAUCAAGCCCCCCAUCAUCCGCCUGCUGCUGUCCGGAGAGCUGUACUGCCGCGUGUGUGGGCUCAUCCUCCCCCCGGAGCAGGCUGCCUCACUCCAAAGCCACCAGUCCGUCAUCCAAGCCCUCGCCCGAAGAGGCAUUUACGUCCUGGAGACCAACAACACACCCGUUUCUCAUUUGGAUCUCAGCUCAUCCCCCAUCAAAAUGAGCUCCCACAUCCACCUCAUUGAUGCCCUGAUGAUGGCCUACACAGCAGAGAUGAUGAGCAUAGAGAAGGUGGUGUCCUGUGUAAAGCGCUUUUCAAACUUCAGUGCCUCCAAGGAGCUCCCGUACGACCUGGAAGAUGCGAUGAUCUUCUGGAUUAACAAGGUGAACCUAAAGAUGAGGGAGCUAACAGAAAAAGAGUGUAAAUUAAAACAACACAUGCUAGAGUCACCCAGCCACCAGAAGCCUGAUUUAUUGCAUGCUCUGGCCCAUUGCUUAUUGGAGCCUGUGGAGUUCUCUCGUGUGGUCCGCUACCGCAGAGAUCACCUGACUGGUCGAACGCUCCAGUACUUCCCGGUGUUGGAAGACCUGUUGAAGGAUGUGUGUGACGGCGCCGCCCUGCUCGCUGUGAUCCACUUCUAUUGCCCCGAGGUCAUCAGGCUGGAAGAUAUCUGCCUGAAGGAGGUCCCCUCCAUAACAGACAGCAUUUACAACAUCCAGCUACUAAAAGAGUUUUCUAAUGAGUACCUGAACAAAUGCUUCUACCUGAAGCCGGAGGACCUGCUGUACGCUCCACCAGUAUUAAAGAAUAACGUCAUUGUUUUCAUUGCUGAGCUUUUCUGGUGGUUUGAGAAUGUGAAGCCGGACUUUGUGCAGCCAAGAGACCUUCAGGAAAUCAAAGAUGUGAGACUGCUGCUGCGGCCCAAAAGUUCUCGCUCUAACAUACCCAUCUCCAACGUCACCAAAAAAAGUUUCAUGCCUUCAUCAAACUCAGCCGACGUCUUGACGGCAUCUCCCAGCCCUGAAAUGAGCACUAAACCAACAUCAUUAAGCACAUCUCACUCUUUACUCCCCCUGAGGCAGAGACAACAGAAGGUUUCUGAGGAGGGCGCUUCAGCUUUGAGAAAUAGGUCAAACACUGUGACACGAACAGAUGUGCAACAUCAGGGCACUGUCUUGGCGAGGCCAGAGAGGAAGGCAAGAAUCGUAGUUGCACAGCUUCCUCCUGUAACUGGCAUUGCUCCAUCUUUCCCAUCUAGGCCUUUAUCCCAGCCGGCGCCCUACGCCCUGCACUUUCCCACAGAGGACGAUUUGGACAGCAUCAGCCUGGCUCGCUCCAUCAGCAAAGACAGCCUAGCCUCUAACAUCCUGAGCACUACGCCCAAACACAUGCUGGGUUCGGGUCUGCCUCAGCACAGGCUCAGCGGCCAAAGCUUGCUCAGUCACAUGCGCAUCGAGGAUGAGGAGGAAGAAAGAGAGGAGGAGGAACUGGUCGCCGUCAUCCACCCUUCCGCGUUUUCCCGACCUCGGAUUGACAGCGACAUGGAGCAGGACGAGCUGGAGGUGCAGAAGUCGGCCUCCUCCACGUCGUCCGGUUCUCCCAAUCACGACGGGGCGGCGCCCGGUCGGGACCGGCAGGCGGACUGCUACUAUCUGGAGCCGCUGAUGCCCGCCGUUCCCAAGCCGGCCAAAGAGAAGAGCAUCAGUCUGAACAAGCAGGAGGAGAGCGGCGAGAGCCGCUGUAGGGCAGGAGCCGUCAAGAAAGCAGCCGCCGACAUCCCGGGCGCCUCUCAGAGGAAAUCCCCUUCCACCGAGUCGAAGACGAGCCCCCAUUCGCCGACGCCCGGGGUAGAAUCAUUCCCCGGCUCUCUCCGGCCACUCGCAGAGGCCUCCACACGCAUCUCUCAGUCCCCGGGCUUUUUCCUUCAUAUGUCCGAAGACCUGGACCUGAACGGUCCGUUCUCCGCGACACCGGAGGGAUGCCACGACUCUGACUCUGACAUCGCCGACCUGGAAGAUGGGGAGGAGGAGGAGGAGGAGGAGGAGGAUCCGCUGGACCUGACAAAAGAAGUUAAGACAGGGAGGGGGAGAUUUUUGGAGGAGGGAGACAUAGCUGAAUUCGGGGAAGAGGGCGAAUCGGCAAAACUCAGAGAGGACUCGAAGGUGAGCGAGAGGGAGGAUAAGGAGGACGUCAGUGGACGCUCGAGCCCUUGCCCCAGCACGGCAUCCUGGGCGAGCAGCUGCAGUGCCUCAGGAGGCACGAAUGUGAAGAUGACCAGCUUCGCCGAGAAAAAGCUCCUCAAACUUAGCCUCCGCGACGGAUACUCGAGCACCAGCAGCUCCCAGAAGACCACGCCAGAGGGCUCUGAGAAUGCUCCUCCCUGGCUAGGGAAAGAGCCCAAUGCCGUUCUGGGGAAAAACGCCAUGGUCAGUCCUUCAGUCGUGCCUGCAGAGCUGCUCCAGCUUCACAUGCGGCUGGAGGAGCAACGCCGCGCGAUCGAGUACCAGAAGAAGAAGAUGGAGACCCUGUCGGCCAGGCAUAGGCUAAAGCUCGGGAAAGCGGCCUUCUUGAAUAUUGUUAAGAAGGGAGGAGGGAGGAGCGACACUCUUCCUUUACCCCUGAAGCCUUCCCUGGAAUCCCCCGGACAUCCCGCAUCUGACAGGAAAAAAGCAAAGACCAAGUCCUGCCUGGAUGACUCGUGUCUGGACGCUCUGAAAGGCCAAAAGCAGCUCAACAGACAGAACAAGUGGAGCACCCUGUCCCAGGAUGAGAGCUCUGAACCCGAUUUAGGCGGCUGCUCCCGCUCCAUAGACAUGCUCAACGAAGCCAUUAGCUCCAUCCAGCAGCAGAUGAUGCAGCUCUCCUUACAGCAGGACCUGCUAAUGAAGCAGAACGUGGUCUCGCCUCCAGAACCCGCUCAAACGGGGCCCCAGACGGGGCCCAGCAACCCUCCCAGCAACCCUCCCAGCAACCCUCCCAGCACCCCUCCCAGCAACCCUCCCAGCACCCCUCCCAGCCCAACACAAGCCCCGCCCGUUACUUCAGACUCUAAGUCCUUCGCGGUUCACUUUGUGGACAUCAGUGGCAGCGGCUCCGUCCCGACCCGCGGCCCUCCCAGACUCAGCUCCAGCCAGCGCAGCAAAGCCUCGGAGCGGAAGCAGAAAAGAGAGAGCGGCAAGGCGGCUCCUGUCAAAUCAGCCGUCCCGUCAGCAGAUAUCACGCCUCCUCCAAGGGAAGGUACCGAUGAAGGACAGGAGACGGGGAGCCCCAAAACCGAGAGAGGCAUUCAGAGAAAGGCCACUUUCAGAGUUCGCGAGUGUGCAGGAGAGGCAAGCGGGCAGGUUUUAGGCAAAUUCCAAUCACAGGACCCGCAGGUUAUCUUUGAAACACCUGCAGAAUCUGCAGAGGAGGGGGAGGAAAAGGGCGGCAGCGCGGAGAGUGCCAGGUCCAGGGGCCAGCUGAUUGAGGUGGACUUGUCAGAGGUGAAGGAUCCUUUACAGGAGGAUGGGGCGGACAUAACGAUCUGCACAGCGGAGGGCGAGCAGAAGAACGCGUUGGGUUUCUUCUUUAAGGACGACGAGAAGGCCGAGGACGAGAUGGCGAAACGGCGCGCGGCCUUCAUCCUGAAACAGCAGCGCAAAGCCGAGGAGACGAGGCUACGCAAGCUGCAGCAGGAGGCGGAGAGCGAGCUCAAACGCGAAGAGGCCCGGCGGAAGGCCGAGGAGGAUCGCGUUCGGAAGGAGGAGGAGAAGGCGCGGCGAGAGCUCAUCAAGCAGGAGUACAUGCGGAGGAAGCAGCAGGCCCUGCUGGAGGAGCAGGGUCUGGUGAAGCCUCGCACCAGAACCAAACCCCGCAAGACCCGGCCCAAAUCCCUGCACCGCGAGGACUACAGCAGCCUCUCCAAAGGAUCCACCACACGUAAUUCUCUGAAGGUGUCCAUGUUAAUCAAAGCCCAGAGCUCAGCAGCCGGCUGCAGGGGAGCGGAGUUGAGCUUCAGCCAUCGGGGAUCCACUCUGUCCUUGGCGACCGAGGCGGACAGCGUCAUUUCUGGUGGGGCCGAGUCGAACAGGGCUGCGUCUGUGUGCUCCGUGGAGUCGUUCCCCAUGAUGAGCAGGGCGUCCAGCAGGAACACGGAGCGGGACUGGGAGAACGGCUCCAUAGCCUCUUCCAUCGCUGAGUACAACGGACCGAAACUCUUCAAGGAGCCAAGUUCCAAAUCCAACAAACCAAUCAUCAUCAAUGCCAUCGCCCACUGCUGCCUGGCUGGAAAGGUCAAUGAAACCCAGAAGAAUAUUGUUCUCGAGGAGUUGGAAAAAUGUGAGUCCAACCACCUGAUCAUCCUCUUCCGGGACGGCGGGUGCCAGUUCCGCGCCAUUUACUCGUUCUCGCCAGACACCGAGGAGAUCGUGAAGUUCUCCGGCACGGGCCCCCGCGUCAUCGGCCGCAAGAUGAUCGACAAGCUCUACAAGUACAGCUCGGACCGCAAGCAGUUCAACGUCAUUCCCGCCAAGUCCGUAUCCGUCAGCGUGGACGCGCUGACCAUCCACAACCACCUCUGGCAGGUCAAGAGACCCGGGAGCGCUCGGAGGAAGUGAGGCAGG